AUGGCAGCUUAUGCUGCUCUUCUUUCCCUUGCUCGAUCCACACAUCCCAAUAAUGAAUCCCUCUUCUCUUCAGAUAUAAUUAGGUCAAUCCACGACUAUGUCAAUUUCCUGAUUCUCUUCUUUCAACAGUUUCCACAUAAAGUCAACCGUUGGGAGACUAGGAUCAGGGAUGUAGCUUACAAAAUUGAAGACAUUCUCGAAACCUUUAUGUGGCAGCGAAUCCAAUCGCAUCAACCUUCGCGCGUCAAAAUGGAUGAUCAGCUCAAAAAUGUAACCGAAGAAAUCGGUUUAAUUGCAGGAGAAGUCAUGGAAGAACGACCUGCUUAUAAACCUGCUUCAUCAUCAAGACUAGCUGCUGCUGGAAACGAUUCGGUCAUUGGUUUACGUGAAGAUAUCUUAGCAAUACAUAGGCGCCUUUGUGGAGCGCCAUCCGGUCUUCAAGUCAUCCCCAUUGUGUGGGAAUGGGUUGUGGUAUCGCAAGAUUACAGUCCACAUAGGUUUAGGAAAGUUCUUUUAGAUUCAUUUAAAUUAGUAGAAAAACAAAUGUCUGGAGAUGAGAUUGGUGAAUCUGAAAUUGCAUUGAAAGUGUUUCAAUAUUUGAAGAGAAGGAGGUAUCUUGUUGUAAUCGAUGAUGUUUGGGAUAAGCGUGUUUGGGAUGAUAUAAGGUGCAUCUUUCCGGAUGAUAAUAAUGGAAGUAGAAUUAUGUUAACCACAAGACAAUUGGAUGUGGUGUUCCCAGACAGCCUUUGCCCACCUCAAUUGGAGAAUGUUGGGAAAGAGAUUGCACGGAGGUGCGCGGGACUACCUCUUGCUGUUGUCCUCCUUGCUGGCGUCUUGUCUCCAGUCGAUAAGAUUAGAGCUUCUUGGGAGAAAAUUGCCAAAAAUGUAAAUCCUAUUAUUGGCCAGGAACUAGAGGAGAUACUAUCUUUGAGCUACACCUACUUGCCUCAUCAUUUAAGGUCUUGUUUUUUGUAUGUUGGAGGUUUCCUACACGAUGUGAAUAUUCGCACUUCAAGACUCGUUAGAUUGUGGAUAGCAGAGGGUUUUCUGAAACAUCAAAAUGGAGGCAGUAAAAGCUUGGAAGAUGAGGCUGAGGAGUAUUUCGAGGAUCUUGUGAAGAGAAAUCUUGUAAUGGUGACCAGUAGAAAGAGUGAUGGAAAAAUCAAGAGUUGCAGCCUCCAUGAUAUGGUACGAGACAUGUGCAUUAAGAAAGCCCGUGAUGAGGACUUUAUUCAUGUUAUGGAUGGACGUGAUCUUCCACAAGGAUUGAUGAGUGAGAGACGCAUAAGUUUCAGUCGUUCUGAUGCAGAUGAUAUUUUGGGUCCAACUUUCCGGACCAUUUUAUGCUUCCAAAUUCAGAAAUUUUCCAGUUGGCUAGCCGAGUUGGGAAGUUAUAAAUUGCUAAGAGUAUAA